CUGACCGAAAAAUUUCACGAAAAAACAUUUGGAAGGCGGAGACACUCAUAUUGCACCUCCGUCCUCGUUUUCCACCACCACCGCCACCGCAACCGCCGGCGAAGCUUGGCUGCCAGCUUGACAAGUCAAUGCCUGCACAGAAGCGUCCGCGCGACGCCUCUCCGCCGCCGUCGGCCGAGGAUGAGGAGGGGAAGGCCGAGGAUUCGCAGCUCGACAAUCAGAAUCAGAACGACGAAGAAGCCGACGAAGGAGACGAUUCGGAUGAAAGUUCUCCUUCUUCCAGUGAUGCCGAGAAAGACGAAUUUAUCACUCUAAGAUUAUCAGAAAUACGCAAAGAAGUACAAUGUCCAAUAUGUUUAGGUAUUAUUCGAAAGACAAGAACAGUUAUGGAAUGUUUACACCGAUUUUGCAGAGAAUGUAUUGACAAGUCUAUGCGAAUGGGGAACAAUGAAUGUCCUGCUUGUCGCACACACUGUGCUAGUCGCCGUUCUUUAAGGGAUGAUCCAAAUUAUGAUGCCUUAAUAGCAAUACUAUAUCCAGAUAUUGACAAAUAUGAGGAAGAGGAAUUGGCUUUUCAUGAAGAGGAGGUGGCUCGUAAUAAGCAGAUUCAAGCUUCAAUUGCCCAGACGCUUCGACGUCAAACAGAAGCACUGGGAAGAAAGAGAACACCAAGAUCAAACCAAACGACAUAUACGAGGAGAUCUGGGAAUAGAAAUUUAAGGAGACGGAGAAACCCUCGAGUCGAGCCUCAAAAGUCUGCUGACGAUGAGGACGGCAAUGGUCAUGAUGACAAAGAUUCGUCUUCUGCUGAUGAGCAUGAUACAGAAGCCAGACCAAAAAGGUCUAAAAGAUUCGGAGGGCGGUUUUCCAUAGGCUCAACAGCUGGCAAUGGCAGUUCAGGCUGUGAAGAAAAUGAUUUAGAAAUAAACAGAGAGUCUUUUGGUCCAAUGGGGCUUAUUGGCAGCUCAGAAAUACUCGCUUGGGGGAAGGGUGGCAUGCGAAGUCAGAAGACUCAAAAUAGGUAUAGCAGCCUGGGCAGUGGUGUUAGUAAUUCUCAGGUUCGUAGGAAUAGCAGAGUCUCGAAGCUGAUUGAGUCUCUGCAACAUUCAAAUGAAAAUGAUGUAAAGGUGGAUAUCAGCCUCAUGCUCGUGUCCUUGUGUGAGGAAGAUAUUCCAAGUUUGCAGCGACCAUACCUCUGCUGCAGACCCACUUUGACCGUUAAACAUCUGAUUCAAUAUGUCUCUCUGCAGACUUCAAUUCAAGCUGAUGAAAUUGACAUCUUGGUGAUGAAAGAGCUCCGUUCCCUUGAGAAACCUUCAAGCUCUGAGGCCACGCCCAUAAAAAAAUCAGUUGCAGGUUUUCCUAGCAACGGUGAGUUCCACUUGUUACAACAAAACCAGACGCUGGAAGAAAUCCAACCCAGCUGUGGUUUUAGUCAAUGUAAUCUGCUUUUGGCUUAUCGACUAAAGUCGAAGGGUUAGGGAUGGCAAUGACAAUGUUGGUGGCGGUGGUAAAAUUUUUAAGUUGCAGUGCACAGAUGAUACUCGUCGACAAAUUCAAGCUUAGUAAAAUACAGAGGUCUAAUUGUUUAAUUUACGCAGUAGCUUUUAGCGGGAUGACCAGGUAAUCCUUUUAAUUUGUACUGUAUUUAUGCACCUUGUAGGUGUUGUGAUCUAAUAGGGAAAGUCCAAAUUGAGAUAACACUAACAUAAAUGACAAGCUGAUCA